AUCCACGCCAUCAUCUAUCAGGAAGAGCCGGCCCAGAGGGUUGAAAUUGUAAUAUCCGGACAAUCGCUCCUCCCACGAGGUUGCUCCUCCAACCCCAUUUAUGUCCACGUCUCCUUCCCAUCCAAAUCCCACUAACCUCCAACUCUCCCUCCCAUAUUCCUCUCUUCCCCAAAUCUCCAUCUCCAUACAAAGGUAGGAAAGAGAGGGAGAGAGAGAGAGAGAAAGAGAGGGAAAGAUGGGCAGUGUCCUAGCCAAAGGUAAAGGUACCACCAAACGAUUCGAGGAUCCUAGAGUCCUUAAUCAAAAGAUAAGAGUUCUAGAAGAGGAGCUGAUGCAGGUGAAGUUCAAGAGAGAGCAGGCCCAUCAGCACCAGUCAUCCGUCUUCGCGGCCAAGGAAAGUGAGUGGAGACGCGAGAGGAAGAGGUGGAAAGAAGAGGUAUGCAGGUUAAAGAAGAAACUACAGGAGAAGGAGGAGACGAUACGACUUCUGGAAGAAGAGACUACAAACGUAGAAAAAGGUGACAAGGAAUGGCAAAUGCUCGGCACCAACUUGCUAGUAGAGCACAUGAGAGCAGAACAGGCUCGCAGAGAAGAGGCCGUCGAGAAAUGGAAGCGCCUCUACCUUGCAAUCAAAACCGAGCUCGACGAUCUCAUCCGUACAACGGCCCAAGGGGAGAGAUUAUGGUGGGGAGCAGAGGAGGAGGAUAUGAUGGAGGCACUGCAAAGGGAGUUGAAGGCCAAAGAAGAGAUGGUGAAAGGGCAGCAAGCCCGACUGUCAGCCUUGGAGAAGGAGGGAGCCAAGAGGGAGAGGGAAGUGGACAUACUUAGACAGAGCUUACGAAUCAUGAGCAACACUAAAAAGGCCCAAAUUGCCAAGAAGAAUCUUCCUCAGAGCUUGCAAUUGUGACAUGGACCAACAAAAAAUGAAAUGUCCACCAUUAAUAAGAUUAAUCACGAAGAUCAAAUGAUCAGAUAUGUAUAUAUAUGUGGGCUAUCCUUUUAUUUCAAGUUACUGUGUUGCUUGGGGAAGUUUCCUCAUCUUCCUCAGAAAGAUUGAUAAGAUUACUUAAGAGUUGUCAAUUGUAUUGUAUUUUGAUCUGAAUGUUGACUUACCUAUGAAUUGUAACCAAAAAAUGUUUCUUGGUAAGUUAAUGUUGGGUUCUACCCAUCACUGCUCAAUUUACUA